AUGGGGACUCCAAAAGAACACAUAGAGCAGAUAAGAAAAACGACAUUCUCGAUAGGAGGAGAAAAGAACCCUUUGGCUCCAAUGCUUGAUCAGGCUGUCAAGUUUCUCUCUGCUGAACUCUACGCUAAAGAUGUCCACUUUCUAAUGGAACUCAUUCAGAAUGCGGAAGACAAUGAAUACUUGGAAGGGGUGGAACCUUCACUUGAGUUUGUCAUAACAUCUCGCGAUAUAACGAAUACUGGUGCACCUGCUACUUUGCUCAUGUUCAAUAAUGAGAAGGGCUUUUCUGCAAAAAAUAUCGAGUCCAUUUGCAAUGUUGGAAAUUCCACUAAGAAAGGGAACCGGAAGCGCGGUUAUAUUGGGGAGAAAGGAAUUGGAUUCAAGAGUGUGUUUCUUAUUGCUGCUCAACCUUACAUAUUCAGCAAUGGCUAUCAGAUCCGAUUCAAUGAAAAGCCCUGUCCACACUGCAAUCUUGGAUACAUAGUUCCUGAAUGGGUUGAUGAGAGCCCAUCUCUUUCUGACAUAAAACAAAUUUAUGGCUCUGCUUCUACCCUCCCAACUACUACACUGAUUUUGCCUCUGAAGCCUGAUAAGGUGAACCCUGUGAAGCAGCAGCUGUCAAGUAUUCAUCCAGAAAUCCUGCUGUUCCUUUCAAAGAUAAAGCGGCUUUCUAUCAGGGAAGAUAAUGAGGAUCCCAGGCUCAACACUGUUAGUGCAAUAGCUAUUGCCAAAGAGACUAAUUUUGUGACGAGAAAAAACAUUGAUGCUGAGUCCUACACACUCUAUCUGUCUGCAGACGAAAAUGGAGAUGAAUUUGAAAAAGAAUGCAGCUACUACUUGUGGAAGCAGAAAUUUCCUGUCAGGCCAGAAAACAGAGUUGACAUGAGAAUGGAAGUGGAGGAUUGGGUGAUCACUUUGGCUUUUCCUAAUGGAGAGCGCCUUCAUAGGGGAAUGAACUACUCCCCUGGAGUAUAUGCAUUUCUUCCAACAGAGAUGGUGACCAACUUUCCUUUCAUAAUUCAAGCAGAUUUUAUUCUAGCAUCAUCAAGGGAAACUAUACGAUUGGACAACAAAUGGAACCAAGGAAUUCUUGAUUGUGUUCCCUUUGCUUUUAUCAAUGCGUUAGUCUCAUUAGUCAAAACAGUAGAUGAUGCUCCGGUAUCUAGUUUGCCUCGAAUGUUCAGGUUCUUGCCAGUCUACAGCUCCCCCAUUGAAAAGUUGAAUUCAGUGAGGGAAUCAAUUAAAGCGAAGCUGGCUGAAAGGGAUAUUGUUCCAAGUGAGACACAUACAGAGCAAAAGUUCUUUCAUAAAGCGUGCAAAGUUGGCCGAUUAAUGCCUGCUUUCUGGAAUACACUGAAGAAGGCAAGAGAGCAAAGAGUGAGCUUGCACAAUCUUUCAUCCCAUGGUUGCUAUGUUCUGAAUUCCUCAUUUGAUAAACCAGAGUAUGAUCAGAUACUGGAGUUUUUGGGGGUCAGACCAGUAUGCAGUGAGUGGUAUGUAAAGUGCAUCCAAGGCUCUAAUAUUGUAAGGGGAGUCACAGAGAAAGCAUACGUGGAGCUUCUUCACUUCCUUGCUGUUAAUUGGCAGUCCAAGUUUCACAGCACAGGCAUGGGUAACAUUCCACUCAUUAAAUAUGUGGGUAUUGAUGGGAGCGUGUCUUUGUGCACUGUUAAUGAAUCUGCUCAGCGGUAUGGUAAAACUCUGUGCCUAUCAUGUCAGUCUUCUCGAGUCUCGUGGCUGAUUGAUUGGAACAAGGAGUUUCGAUGCAUGGCCAAUCUCUAUUUUGUGCCAAAAAGUACACAAGAAGCUAUCUGUUCAUCAUCUGAAAAAGAAGUGGUGUUAAAAUGGCUUGUAGACCCGGUUAACAUUACUCUUUUAACCGUAUAUGAGUAUGCAGAUCUCUAUGGAAGUCAAGUCAGUAGUGACCGGAAACUUGUCAUUGCCUAUGCUCAUUUCUUAUAUCAUUCAUUCUUAAAGGACUAUCUAUCAGACAGGGAAGUUGCUUCUUUGCGUGCUAAAAUGCCUUUUGUUGAUAGCUAUGGUCAUGUGAUCAAAGAAAGGAAUGCCGUUCUUGUCCCAGCUAUUGAAAGUAAAUGGGUGCAAUUGAUUGGUUCUAAUCCUUGGAGGGGAGAAAGCUACGUUGAGUUAGGAGAAGACUACUUGGAUCCUGGAUAUUUUGCUGGCACAAGCACAGAGGGAAAGCAACUCUUGGAGUUCCUUGAAGCUUCUGAUAUUCCUCACAUAUCUCCUCCCGAUGCUGUAAUACCUACUGCAUCAACACCACUUACCAAAAAAAAUGCAUUUCUGCUGUUGGAUUGGAUUCGUGAGCUGAAACGGAGUGGAAGCAUUCCAUCAAAGUUCAUGACAUGUAUAAAGGAGGGCAGCUGGCUGAAAAUUACUAUGAAUGGCUCUCCUGGUUACAAGCCGCCAUCAGAGUCAUUUCUACUUACUACACUCAACAAAAGCUCAAACUGGGGACACAUUUUGCAGAAUGGAUCUGUGCUUGUUGAUAUUCCCUUGAUAGAUCAGAGUUUUUAUGGUCAUAAAAUUAACGAGUACAGAGAGGAGCUAAAGACGGUCGGAGUCAUGUUCGAGUAUGGCGAGGCAUGUGAAUUUAUCGGGGAUCGUCUCAUGUCUUUGGCAGCCUCAUCCACUUUAACCAAAAGCAGUGUGAUUUCCAUACUGAAUUUCAUCAAAUUUUUGAGGCAGAAUUAUCUCCCUACUGAAAAAUUCAUUCUCAAAGUUAAAGAAGGAAGGUGGCUGAGGACUUGUAGGGGUGACAGAUCUCCUGAGGGAUCUGUUUUAUAUGAUCGGGAGUGGACAGCUGCAAGGCGAAUUAGUGACAUCCCCUUCAUUGAUCAAGAUUACUAUGGCGAAAACUUCGUUGUUUUCAAAGAAGAACUCCAGUUGCUUGGUGUCAUUGUUGGCUUCAGCGAAAGUUAUCAAUUGGUUGUUGAUAACAUAAAAUCGCCUUCGUGCUUAUCUUAUCUGACAAUGGAGGCCUUUCUUCUUGUUUUGGAUUGCAUGCGUCAUUCUAGUUCUGUUUGCAAACUAGUUAAUGCAUUGAAGAGUACAAAAUGCAUAAAGACAAACUGCGGUUACAAAUCUCCUGGUGACUGUUUCUUGUUUCAUCCCGAAUGGCGUUGCCUUCUGAAUGUUUUUGGUGGUUUCGCAUUGGUUGACAGUAAUUUCUAUGGACGCAACAUCUUUUCUCAUAAAAAGGAGUUGAAGGAUCUGGGAGUACAAGUAGACUUCGAGGAUGCUGUCAAAGUGUUUGUUGGCAUUUUCAGGAAGCAGGCGUCUCUGUCUUCCAUUACGAAGGAAAAUGUCUUUUCGUUCAUAUCAUGCUACCGAGAGCUGAAGGGAAGUCCACACAAAUUUCCUUUAGAUCUUAAAAAGUGCAUCCGUGAGGAGAAAUGGCUGCGGACUCGGCUUGGUGAUUAUAGAUCUCCAAGCAAUUGUAUUCUGUUUGGUCCUGAGUGGGUGUCAAUUUAUCCAAUUACUUGCCUUCCCUUUAUUGAUGACAGUGACAAAUACUAUGGGAGUGGCAUUCAUGAAUAUCAAAAGGAGCUGAAGAAAAUGGGGAUCGUAGUUGAAUUUAAAGCUGGCGUGAAGUUUGUGGCUGCUGGUCUUUGUUUUCCUCAAAAUCCAUGCGACAUAGCUCCUGUGAAUGUGCUUUCAUUGCUGGAAUGCAUCCGCGCUUUAUUGCAACAAAAGGACUACUCCUUUCCUGAGACUUUUAGUAAAAAUAUUGCUCGACGAUGGUUAAAGACCCAUGCUGGUUUCAGGUCUCCGGGCAACUGCUGUUUGUUCAAUUCCCAGUGGAGUUCAUACUUGAAGCCUACCGAUGGGCCGUUCAUUGAUGAUGAUUUUUAUGGUUCUAACAUCAAAUUGUAUGCAAAAGAGCUCAUUGAAAUAGGAGUUGAUGAAGGUAAGGCUUGCUCAUUGCUUGCCAGUCAUCUUGAUUCCCAUUCUGAAUUUGACACUAUCGUUCGAGUAUAUGAUUUCCUGAGACAAAGUGAGUGGAAGCCGGAUAGUGAUGCUACCAUAAAGAUUUGGAUUCCAGAUGGACUUGAGAAUGGAAGGUGGGUUAACCCAGAAGAAUGUGUUCUCCAUGACAGAGAUGGUCUCUUUGGUCUACAGCUGAAUGUACUGGAGGAACAUUAUGAGCCAAAAUUACUUCAUUUCUUCUCCAGUUCAUUUAACGUUAGGUCCAAUCCUUCAUUUGACGAUUACUGUAAGCUUUGGAAGGUUUGGGAAAGUUUGGAAGGCCCAUUGCCACAUGCAGAGUGCUGUGCGUUUUGGAAGUGUGUUAUGGCAUACAUGAGCUCAAGUACAGAGAAGAUUCUUGCUGAUGUCUUGGUAAAGCUACCUGUUGUUUCAGACUCUGGUGAAAUUUUGUUGUUCAGCAAGCGUGAUGUUUUUAUUGCUGAUGACCUUCUACUGAAGGACCUUUUCGAAAAGUUCUCAUCACGCCCAGUAUUUGUCUGGUGUCCCCAGGCAAACUUGCCUUCUUUGCCUCGAACUAGGUUGCUUGAAGUCUACAGGAAAAUUGGGGUUCGAACUAUAUCUGAAUCAGUGCUGAAGGAAGAAUUGUCAUUGGCAGAUGGCGUGGAACUUAGUCAGAUGGAUUCAAGGGAUGCUGGGAUUGGAAAAGAGCUAGUUAGACUGAUUCUUGGCUUUCUAGCUGAUCCUUCUCGUGAUAUGGAAGCAACAAAGAGGCAUGGAGCUGUUCAGUGCCUCCUGAAUCUCAAGGUCCUGGAGACUACAGAGCCAAUUACUGUAAGCUGUAGUUUACGGCUUUCUGAUGGGGAAAUUUUGAAGGUGAAAGAAAAACAUAUGAUUCGUUGGGAUAAAUCGUGUUCAAAUUUUCUGACACAGAAGAUGGAUAAAGCUGGUGGCAAGAAAAAUCUUGUUGAAUAUGCGUUCUUUUUUUCUGAAGUAAUAGCACGCGGUGUGUUAUGGAAUAAAGAAGAUCAAAUAAAAGCACUCUCUGAGCUGAUCAAGUUGGCUUUCCUGCUGAAUUUUGAUGAACAAGCUGUUCAGUUCUUGAUGAAAUCUAAUAAUCUUCAAACUUUUCUGGAGGAUGAGGACUUCCUUGCCGCUGCAUUACCUUCUGCUUAG